AUGAAUUUAAUUGGCUACAUUAUGAAGAAAAAGAUGAUGGUGGCAAAAUGUUUUGUACUUUAUGCAAAGCUGCAAAAAAAAAGAACCUAUUUACACAAGGAUGUGAAUGGUUAAAGCAUGAUGUUUUAGUUAAACAUACAAAUACACUAGAUCAUCAAAAAAGUAUACCAAUUAUGCAUAAUCAAACAACAAUUGAAUCUGGAUUUAGGCUUUCAAUGUCAAAAGAUAAAUUAGAAAUUAUUCAAAUUAUGCAACAUAUAUAUUUUUUAGCUAAACAUCAUUAUGCUACUCAUGGAUUAAGAGAUUUAAAAAAAUUAAAUACUCAACAAUUUAAUGAGGCAAGAGAUGAAGCUUUAUUUGGACCUUUUGUUGGUUUAAAAAAAGUACAAUCAAUUGUUGAUCCUCCUAAUACAAUACGUUCAGAAUAUGGUUCAUAUAAUAAUGAUGUUUCUGCAAGUGAAUUUUUAGAAGCAAUUUCAUUUGUUAUUGAAGAAAGUUUAAGUAAUGAAAUUCAAAAAUCGCUAUAUUGGAGUAUUCAAAUUGAUGAAAGUAAUACAAUUAAACAAGAAAAAAUGUUAGCAAUUGUUCUAAACAUUUAUCAGAUAAUUAUCCAGUUGUACGUUUUUUGGGUAUUAUACAAUUAG